AUGCCCAAAAAACACAAGGCUCCAUCCAUAAAACCGAAACCUGCCGCCCAUCCUUCGCUCGAGUCGUCCAGGUCUUCCGGCCAUGGCAAGGCUACAGAUCAACAGUCCGUCAACGACAUCCUACAGCAGAUGCGAAAUGCAUCGUCGCUGUCCAAGGGCGCAGGCUGGCAAACGAGACUGGCUCCUCGGUCGGUCCAUCCUUCGCUGAGGAAUAUCCUUGAGCUCCCCGAGACACCACCUCCUCGCCCUCGACCUACGGCCGCUCGCCAGGCGAUAGGACAGCGAAGACUGCGCAGAACCCCGGGUCCGCCACCUCCUCUUAGUUGGGUAACACCUAACCCGGGAUCGAGUAGGGGAUCGGACAGCGGGGAUAGGAAUAUAUUGAGGAAUCGCAGUGUCAAGUUUGCCCGUCGGCUAAAUCGUCUUCCUGGAGCAACAGUCCCGUCGCAAGGUAGCUUGCUACAUACCACUCUACGAACUAUGGCCACUCACUGGGAUUGGCAUCUACUUUAUGACGGGACCUUCCUAUCGACAUUACCAAUGCAUAUACGACAGCUCCUGCUGACAUAUAUCUCUGUCUAUACGGAUCACCCAUCCAUGGGUGUAAGUAUGAAGGGUUUGGAGCCCUUAUUCACGACUCAUGAUCAGGAAUCUAGCUCUAACGACCGCGCGGAGGUGACCCGAUUAGAUCUUGGGUUUUCCCUCGGCUACUGGCUUAAUAUAAAGCAGCUCUCAAGGGAGCUCAAAGGUAAUAUUCCAAUGGAUAAGGAGAAAGCCCCAGUUCCGGCCUCGUGGGAGGAGGAGGCAGACCUGGAGACAACAACUCCCGCGCCAGGUCAGCUUGAUUUCGCUGCCAUGAAUAAUCUAAGAUACCUCUCUCUGGCAUCCCCAGCCCCGGAUGCAGCGAGCUGGGUCUCUCUUCUUAAAUUGCUUCCCCAUCUGCCAACCUUAACUCAUCUCUCCCUUGCCUAUUGGCCGGUCCCAACACUAAAACCCAACUCACUCACGGCAAGCGUGAGCCAUGCGAAGCAUAAACAACUUACUUUUCAGUAUGGAGGCUCGGAUACCUACUCAUCUUAUGAGAAUAACUGGGUCGAGGCAUCGAUUGUCCUUGCGAAACUGUCAAGAACAACUUAUAGUCUCAGAUGGCUUGACCUGGAAGGCUGCCUUGAGUGGAUCCCCGCGUUAUGCUGGGAUGGAGUUGAUAUUUAUGGAAAGACUCACGAAGUCACAGGCCCGGAGUGGAACGGGUCGUGGAGAGGGGUAGAAUGGAUAGAACUCGGUCCCGGCUGGGGGCCUGAGAGCUCAGCGCAGGACAAUAUCACUGUCAAAAGUGGUGGCGAGGAUACUGAACCUCAACAACAUGAUCCACAAAAAGAGCUGGAGUUACUUGAGGACGCUUCCGAGAGAAUAAAAGCUGUCGGAAAGCGUAUACAAAUGAUAAGGAGGGAAGGGCGUGGGAAAUGGAUACAUUAUUCUGACGGAUCAGAGAGACGGGACACGGCCCAAUACACAUAA